AUGGUGUCUGCCCGUCAGCAUCCGGCAUGGCUGGUGUCAGUAGAAAGGCCAGCCAUGCCAGGGGAGGAAGGCGUUUGCCCGCCGCUCGGAGACGGCCCAGUGCCAGUGCCCCUGUACCGGAGGAAGUGCGCUUGGCCAGGGAAGGCCGGCAGAGCGCCUCCGGUGGCAGGUCUGGGCAAGCGCAGUCCCCCGGCGCGCCGGCACAGGAGGCACCUGGCCACUGGGCGCACAGGUGAGCGCGACGAGGCGGUCGUCCCGAAGCCCGCAGGGACCCCCUGGCCAAGGCGGACGGUGACAACAUCGGAUGCAGACCCGUGCCCACCUCUGCCCGGAAGCCCAGCGCAAGGCAAGGCUUUGGCUAAGCAAGUGAGAGUCGCGCUCACUCCCGUGUCUGCGACGGGAAGAGACAUGAGCGGGCACUGGCAGCAGAAGUCUCUGCUGGAGGCCUUUGCCCACUGCGAAGGGAAUUCCGGCAAAGCAGCGCCAGCCCCAAAGGCCUCCGGCCAGCCGAGCCCAAAGGCCGCUGCUCCUCCACCGGCUUUUCCCGCUCCAGCCGCGGGAGGCUUUCGCCUACGUUCUCGGGCCAGCAGUGACACGGCGCGCGACAGCAGUGAAGGAGAGGACAGAGAGGACGAGGACGCCUUGUGUGGGGAGGAGGAGUCCACACCGCUUUCAGCUUACGAAAGGAAGCGGCUGAAGAACGUCAAAGAAAAUGCCAAAUUCUUUGCCUCGUUGAAGCUGUUUGAAUCUGCAGCAAAACUUCGUAAAACAACGACCAAAGCUCAGCCUCAGGGGAUAAAAAGGGUUAAGCAUACAAAGGUGGAAGUGGAACGAACCCUUCGGAGGUCCAAGCGCUUGCAGGGAGUGGAUCCUCUGGGAGUUCCCCUUCCGGAGAAGCAAGUUCCAGGAGAACUUCCAGUUGAAGAGCAGCGUCACUUGCCACCCCCGGGUCCCAUUCAGAUGAUUCCCGCCGCCCAAGAGGAGAGACCCGAAUUGACGGAAGAAUUUCUGAGCGGAUGGGCGAAAAUAAGCCAGGUCAAGCACCAGAAGGCUGAGAUGUCUCUGCCUAACUUGGAGAGUUACAAAGCCAGUCUGCGUGGCAUGGGCUUGCAAGAAGAUGCGGUCGCCAAAGUGGUCCACUCCCGCGUUUACUCCGUGGCCGUCCAUCCGUCUGAAAGCAGCACUUUGGUGGCGGCUGGAGACAAGGAGGGGCACGUGGGCCUGUGGAAUGUGGACUGCCUACUAGAAGACAGCGUGCAUGCCUUUCUUCCCCACCGCCGGGCAGUCGGCUGCCUGCAUUUUUCUCCGGUGACCCCUGCCCACCUCCUGUCCCUCAGCUUUGAUGGCACACUGCGCUGCGGAGACGUCACUCGCGCCGUCUUUGACGAGGUGUACAGGAAUGAAGAGUAUGCCCUUUCCUCAUUUGACUUCCUGUCGAGUGACGCUUCCACUUUGGUCGUGGGGAUGUGGGACACGGGGGUGGCCGUUGUGGACAGACGGACACCAGGAAUGGCAACGGAGCUUUUUGCAGAUCUUAACUCAGUGACGAGGACCGUCCACGUCCACCCAGUCAACAGAGAGUAUUUCAUUGCUGCAGGAGCAAGGAAUGUCGGCAUUUAUGACGUUCGGCAGCUGAAGGAGAGUGGGAGCCAGCCCGUGGUCUCUCUCGUGGGGCACUCGAAAAGCGUGGCUUCGGCCUAUUUUUCCCCCGUCACUGGCAACCGGGUGGUGACCACUUGUGCAGAUGACACACUGAGGAUUUUUGGCACCAAUUGUUUGUCGUCAAUGGCUCCCAUUCUUACAACUAUCAGGCACGACAACAACACGGGCCGCUGGCUGACCAGGUUCAGAGCCGAGUGGGACCCCAAACGGGACGACUGCUUUGUGGUGGGGAGCAUGUCUCGGCCGCGGCGGAUCCAGGUCUUCCACACCACAGGAGCCCUGCUGCACUCUUUCUCCAGCGAAGACUACCUGGGCUCCGUCUGCUCCAUCAAUGCCUGCCACCCCACCAGGUACAUCGUCGCCGGAGGCAAUUCUAGUGGCCGCCUCCACGUUUUCCGAGAGUGAGAGCUGCAUGUGGCUGGAAAAGAAACGUGGCGUGUUUCUGUGUUUUUGUUUUAAUCUCCCCC